UACUUCUUUUCUUUUUCCAUCCCGCCCCCCGCCCCCCCCUCAUUGACUUAUUCCGGGCACGUUCCUGAGCUUUUCUUUCUCAGCAGGAUGUUUUUGCAAGAGCACCGGGCACUGAUUGCCGGCGGUAUACGUCUUUGAGCGGGUAAAUACUUCACCAGCAGAGGCGGAAGGCGACGAGAAGCCGUCCAAGGCAUCAGAGCAUCAGAGGGUGGAGGAGGGGAGCAGGGGCAGUAGAAAAUGGCUGCCAUGGCGACGGUGCCCAGCUAUACGCCUUCGCUGUGGGUGAGAAUGUGUCACGCCCUCCCCCGGUUGGACCUCACCAUGCAGAUGAGGGACAACGUCUUUGCCCCCGACAGCUGGGAGUACCAGCAGACGCUGCUGGUCCUGUCCAGCGUGUCGGCCAUGGCCCUGGUGAUCUCCCUCCUGGUGGUUCUGUCCUUCCUUAUCCACUACUGCUGCUGUCACCGUGGCGACCGCGGCGAGGGAGCCGAGGAGGAGGAGGAGGACGAAGACGGCAGCACGGGUCACGGCUACGGCGGGAAGAAGGGGCGAGGGAUCUGCUGCGUCACGUGGGUGGCCGUGGCGGCCGUCACGCUUUGCUGCGUUGCCAUAGGCAUCGGUUUCUAUGGCAACAGCGAGGCUAAUGAUGGGAUGUAUCAGUUGACCUCGUCUCUUCUCACCGCCAAUUAUACGCUAGCUUCCAUCGAUCUGCUGAUCUCCGACACAAUCAACGGCCUGCAGCUUUCCAUCUCGGGCCCCCUGAGCACGAUGGAGGAGAUGUUCACGGGCAGCAAACCCUUCCUGGUUUCCACACGCAACUGCCGCAGGUUAUCGGACAACGUGAUCAGCCUCCUCUCCUCCGUCUCCCUGGCUCGGACGGGCUUGGACGCGGGGCCGGCCAACGACAGCGGCAUCAGCGGGGCCUCCAUCAUCCCGCUCACCCCCGUGCCGCCCUCCGUGGCCCCCACCGUGACGCCCUCGGGCGGAUUGCUGCCCGGGCCCUUCUCUCCCGGCUGGGCGGCCAAUACGCUGAUGGUGAACGAGGACUACAGGUGGCUGUCAUACGUCUUGCUGCUGCUGCUUGACCUCAUCGUGUGUCUCUUCAUCCUGCUCGGACUGGCCAAGCAAGCGCGAUGGCUGCUUAUCCUGAUGACAGUGCUGGCCUGGCUGGCUCUCUUCCUGAGCUGGGGCUCGCUGGGCCUGGAGACCGGCACCGUCGUGGCUCUCAGCGACUUCUGCUCUGAUCCAAACAUGUUUGUGCUCAACUCCACUAACUUCAACAGCGGAACCAGCUCAGAUGUGCUGGAUUAUUACCUGACCUGCAGCCUACGCAUGAAUAGUCCGUUCCAGCAGCUUCUCACCCAGUCCCAGAGGGCGCUGUCCAACAUCCACACUCACCUGUCCAGUCUGGAACGCAACGCUCUCACACAGUUCCCCAAAGCCGAGAAAUCACUCAGGGACGUCCAACAGAUACUCAACAGCACGGAGGGCAACUUCCAUCAGCUGGUGGCGCUUCUCAACUGCCGAGGUCUCAACAAGGACUACAUGGACUCCCUGAAAGGCCUCUGCUACGACGGCAUGGAGGGACUGCUCUACCUCUCCCUUUACUCCUUCCUCUCCGCUCUGGCCUUCACUGCCAUCCUCUGCUCCUUGCCCGGCGCCUGGAGGAGCUUCCCCAGCGAUUCGGAAGAGUACGAAGACUCGGACAGCGAGAGUGAGGACCCCUUCACCUCCCAUCAGGCACGUAGACAGACGGCCUCGGGGUCUUCUCAGCGCGGGGCCGUGGCCCCCUUCUAUAAUUACCCGGGGGCCAGGUGGACACCCCCCUUUUCUAGCGCGCCGCCCCUCCCGACUCCAAACGUUUCCUCCAAUGGCAACCCUGGCUAUGAGAGCCUCCCCUUGACUGACAGGCAGUCCCCACCCCCCUCUUACUCUCCCAGCAUGCUGACUGGUUACGGGGGAAGCCAAUCACACCCCAAUCCCGCCCAUUCCAGGAACCUCUAUUCACGUUGAUAACUAUUGGUUUUCUUUCUUUUUCUUAGGGAAAUGUAUAGAAGAAAAUAUAUGUUUAGUUUUCAUAUGAAUGGACACUUUGAAAGCCAGCGAGGAAAGAGAUGGAGGAGGAAAAAGAAUGCUUUAGUGUGCGUCACUUGAGUAUUAUUGUUAUUAAAAAUGACGAUUAGAAGCACUUAUAUGUCAAAAAAGCGGGUUCCAGAAGGACUGUGGAUGUUUGAAAGCAAACCCUCCCCUUGUUUGUGUAAACUGUGAACAGUGCUGAGGCAAGUGGAGAAUGCUAUUGUAGUUUUAUAUUCUUCAAUGUAUCACAAUUUUUAUUUCAAACUUUUAUAUAUACAUAUAAAUAUAUAUAUUAUAAAUAUGAAAUUGUUGUAGAAAACACACUGGCACGUAGCAACAAAGCACAUUUUUUUCUGUCAAUUGUUAUGCAGUUCCCCCACUUGGUAUAUAUGAUUUUUUUAUGAUUACUUUUUAUAGGUGGUUUGUGUGUAUUCCCUUAGGGUAUUAUGUAUAUCUCACUGUCUAUAUAUGAAUAAUAAUAAUUUCUCUUAAAAAAAAGAAAAAGAAAAUCCUAACUGAGUGCUACCAGAGCGUGUUUAGCGGCGCUUUAACAGCCGUAGUAUGUUUGUCCAUCCUUGUGCUUUCACACAACAUUCCAGGCGUACCUGAAUGACUCACGAGCCACGUGACACGGUUUGCUUCUCUUAUUGGUCGGUGGUGGGCGCGGGAACGUAAACGGGAAGUAUCUUCACCUAGCGUCGGACGAUCAUUUUCUAGCCAAAGGUCUCAUAAAAACGAAUUCUUGUUUUUUUUUCCCCCUUCAAUUUAAAGUAGAAAUUGCAGUUUUGUCUUAAUUCGCGUACUUAGAAGUACAUCAACAUCUAUAAUCUAUUAUGAUAUCAUUAUACUAUACCUCCUUCACUUGUCGUUUCCGUGUUACUACGCAUGUGCACAUUAAUGACGGAAGUAAAACAAAGAGACGAAGCUUAGCGACACGUUUCAUCCCCCGCCUCAAAAUGUGAGUAUUAAACUGUGUUGUUCGAGUUAAUAUUUGUCAGGGACUACUUCAAAGUAUAAAUAUAAAUAGUUCACCAUUUUGGAACGAGUUCAAAGUUUAUUUUUUCAGUGAAAAGUGCACAUGAAAGACUGACCUUGUUUUCAAAAGAAAAACAGACAUCACCUCCUGAAACUGUUAACCGUUUACAGUGAUGUAUUGUCCUAAUGAAAAUGUAGAACUAUAUUGAAUAUAAAGUGUUUUUCUUUAUUUAUACUUUUUAGCCUAUGCAUUUUUAUGUCUUCACGCCCUGCAAACAACAGCCACAACAAAUUAUAUCGUUUCAUGCAUUGAAAUCAAUUAGUAAAGGCGGGGCUACGUACCCGGAAGUCAUUUGAAGUGUGACCAAUCACAGCUGGGGUGGGCGUACAUGGAAGAAUAAAUUAAACAGACGCCAUGGAAAACUGGGAAAGAGGUGCAGAAUCUGGAAGAUCUAGAAAGCUUUCUGUGCGGGUUACCGUGUGUAGCUGUGUAUUGUUGUGCUAGUGUUGCAAUGCUUGCUGGGUAAUGGGAGUGUGACGCAAGAGUAUUUCAUGUAUGGUACCGCCCGCAGGUAAAAUGUAGGCGGCGACAAUAAUAUGGCGUUGAAGUAAAUCUCUCUAAACAAUGGCGCUGAUUCUCACAUCAACUUUAUUUACAAAUGCGUUAUGUUCAAUUCAACCUUAGAAAAAGGAACAUUCAUGCACGACGCUGUAAAAAAGUUGCCUAAAUGACAUGCAGUGGAACCUUGGUUAGUGUACGCCCUGGUUAGCAUACACCCUGAUUCGCGUACGAUCUGGUUGGCGUGUUUUUAGUUUAACGUAGAAAAUUGAGUCCAACUCAUUUCUUCAUGUAUUUUAUCUACACCAUUUGUGUAUUUUUUAAGUAUUAUUAUUUGGUUUUUAAUGAAAUUUAAUGUUGUCUUUUUAUUUUACAUUUAUUAUCAUUAUCCUACAUGUAUUUAUCAGUGUAUUUUCAUCACCAAAUGUCCUUCCGUGUUAGCAUUUAUUAAGGAGUCGCCUGUCUGAUGUCCUCGGUGGUUGACUCUAAACCAUGAACGCCAACAUACGUUAUUAUGAAGAUAGCAUUCCAUGCAUAAACAAUGUGAAAUGCAUAGAAAUGAUGAACGGAAGAAUACAUCAACAUUUAAGUUUACUUGGACGUGAUUGGUAGCGGGAUCACCGACCACUUCCUUCCUGUUUCCACUCCUGUCUUCAAAGCAGGUCAAACUAAACUUGAAUGUUUCAAGUCGUUUCGGUGAGAGUUAAUGACGCUAACCAAGGUUCCUUCUGUAAAAACGUAAAUAAAAAUAAAUUACAAAAACGUUUGUGCAGUAAAAGGAUGCGGAGGGCCCCAAUGGCUGACGAUUAAAUAGCAUCAUGUUUUAGCUGCUAGUCUUCAUUUGGUGCUUUUUAACUUAGCAAAAAUGCUAAAAUAGACAGAAUCCCUCCUGUUUACUCUGUGUUGCCCCCCCCCCGCCGACCAAUAAGAGAAGACAUGGAAGUCAUAUGUUCUCAGGGCAUUGACUCCAUAGCAACCGGACUGUGCUUGGGUAGUCUUAUACUUUUCAGACCGGACUGUGGUCUGAGACUCUAAGACUGGACAGUUUGGGUUUAUUAUGUCGUCUUAGACUCUAAGACUGUUGAUUUGUCUUAGAGUCUAGGGUUGUCUUGGACUUGAGGACAGUCAAAAGACUACCCGAGAGAACCACAACUCAACAGUCCUACAGUCUAAGACUGGGUUGUCUUAGGAAGUCUUUAGACCGUAAGAUUGUUGAGUUGUGGUUGUCUAGAGUAGUCUUAGACUGUUGAAUUGUCUUAGAGUCUAAGACUGCCCUAGACAACCACAACUCACCAGUCUUAUUUGUCUAGGGUAGUUGUGUCAACUCAUCAGUCUUAUUUGUCAAGGGUAGUCUUAGACUCUAAGACAACUCAACAGUCUGAGAGUCCAAGACUACCCCAGACGACCAUAACUCAACAGUCUUCCAGUCAAAAGACUACCUAAGACAACCCAAACAGUCCAGUCCUGAAUCUAAGAGUGUUGAGAUGUGGUUGUCUAGGGUAGACUUAGACUCUAAGACAACUCAACAGUCUAUGAUUGAAGACUGGGCUGUUGUAGGUUGUCUUUUUGGUAGUCUUGUGGACCCUAAGACAACUCGACGGUCUAAGACUACCCUAGACAACUAAGUUGAGUUGUGGUCUUGGACUCUAAGACAACUCAAACAGUCUGAGAGUCCAAGACUACCCGAGACAACCACAACUCAACAGUCUUCCAGUCAAAAGACUACCUAAGACAACCCAAACAGUCCAGUCCUGAAUCUAAGAGUGUUGAGUUGUGGUUGUCUAGGGUAGACUUAGACUCUAAGACAACUCAACAGUCUAUGAUUGAAGACUGGGCUGUUGUAGGUUGUCUUUUUGGUAGUCUUGUGGACCCUAAGACAACUCGACGGUCUAAGACUACCCUAGACAACUAAGUUGAGUUGUGGUCUUGGACUCUAAGACAACUCAACAGUCUGAGAGUCCAAGACUACCCGAGACAACCACAACUCAACAGUCUUCCAGUCAAAAGACUACCUAAGACAACCCAAACAGUCCAGUCCUGAAUCUAAGAGUGUUGAGUUGUGGUUGUCUAGGGUAGACUUAGACUCCAAGACAACUCAACAGUCUAUGAUUGAAGACUGUAGUCUUUAUGGUAGUCUUGUGGACCCUAAGACAACUCGACAGUCUAAGACUACCCUAGACAACUAAGUUGAGUUGUGGUCUUGGACUCUAAGACAACUCAACAGUCUGAGAGUCCAAGACUACCCGACUACUACUACCAAGACUACUCAGACAACAGUCUGAGAGUCCAAGACUACCCGAGACAACCACAACUCAACAGUCUUCCAGUCAAAAGACUACCUAAGACAACCCAAACAGUCCAGUCCUGAAUCUAAGAGUGUUGAGUUGUGGUUGUCUCGGGUAGUCUUUGACUCCAAGACAGUUUUUAGCGUGCCAACACGUGGAAGCCAACUAUGGAUGCAAAAGCACUGGUACUGAUCCAAUAGAGAACCCAAAAGGAGGACUAUAUCUCCCAUGCGAAGGCAGGUACAUAGCAAUACGACUUGCUAACGGUGCGGCCCUGGCCUUACCGUAACUAGCAAUAACGACUAAAGAACCAAUGUACGUGUAUAGCAUUGGCUUUGCAAUGUUUUUGUGUAUAUGUUGGAUUUCAUUGAAUCCCUCCCCAUCCUUCCCAGCUCACCUUGUUCACUGAGUUUGUACUCUCAAUGCUCCUUUUCAAUGGCAUCCUUUUACACUCCAGAGUCUAAUAUGAAUAAAAAAAUAAGUCAUAA